UACGUGAAGUUGUGUGCCAAUUAGAAUCAGCGCGAAAUCGACAGAGAUAGUGCGAUAUUUGGGUUUACCCGAGACGCCCCUGGCGAGGGUGAGGAGUCAAAGGGAGCUGGGAAACUGGGGAGGGGAUUCUAAAUCCUGACAGCUUUAUGGAGCCCAGUUCUGGCAGGCUCCCAGGACUCGAAGCCACCAGACCCCACAUGGAACCAAGAGCCUCGUGUCCAGCCGCUGCGCCCUCGGUAGAGAGGCAGUUCCGUGUCCUUGUGGGUGUCACUGGGAGUGUGGCGGCCCUGAAGUUACCUCUCCUGGUGUCACAGCUUUUGGACAUUCCUGGCCUGGAAGUAGCAGUGGUCACAACUGAAAGAGCCAAACAUUUCUACAGCCCCCAGGACAUUCCUGUCACCCUCUACAGCGAUGCGGAUGAAUGGGAGAUGUGGAAGUGCCGGUCCGACCCAGUUCUCCACAUUGACCUUCGGAGGUGGGCAGACCUUAUGCUGGUGGCUCCUCUCGAUGCCAACACUCUGGGGAAGGUGGCCAGUGGCAUCUGUGACAACUUGCUUACCUGUGUCAUCCGGGCCUGGGACCGCGGAAAGCCCCUGCUCUUCUGCCCAGCAAUGAACACUGCCAUGUGGGAGCAUCCCCUUACCUCGCAGCAGGUGGGCCAGCUCCAGGCCUUUGGCUAUAUCGAGAUCCCCUGUGUGGCCAAGAAGCUGGUGUGUGGAGACCAAGGUUUGGGGGCCAUGGCUGAGGUGGACACCAUUGUGGACAAAGUGAAGGAAGUUCUCUCCCAGCAUGCUGGCUUUCAGCAGGGUUGAACCCAGGAUCUCUCAUGUGCGUCCCUCUGUACCCAGUGUGUUUUCAGGCCAUGUCAGUGAAGGUGGACAUUGGCAAAGUAUGGCGGGAAUUCACCUUUGCUGAGUAGGGGUCUAGCCUGGGUCUGCUCCACACUCUCCAAGGGCCCGACCUGCCCCAAGGUAAAUUGGCCCAGGUCUCAACUUCUUUCAGCCAGGAGACUCCUUGCUAUCUGGAGUUCCUCCCCUCCUUUUCCUGGGAUGGUUCCAGCAAGCCAGAGGGGCAAGCUGCUGCAUUGUCCCUGUGCCUCUAGGAGGGGACUGAGGAGUGACUGGCCAACCUGAUUCCCCAUUGUGCCCAGGAACCACUUUUAGAAAUGGUCUCAGCUGGAGAUUCCCAGUGUGGUGGGCCCCUGGCUAGGCCUUUGGAACUUCAGCUGCCCUGCAGGGUCAGGAAAGCCUACACGUUGGAAAGACCCUGAUCAUGCUGUAAGAUUGGGGGUAUGGGAAAUAAAGAAAAGUGACCUUU